AUGUAUGUAAGCUAUAAAAAGAAUGAUGGUACACAAGUUAAAGUUCCAUUAGACAACAACUGCUACUUAAACUUAUAUGGAGACGAACAAAAGAAAUAUUUAAGAGUUUAUGAAAUGGCAGAUAUGACAUUGCCUGACCCAGCUCCAGCACCAUAUUAUUAUGACUAUGGAGAUGACGACAGAACACCACGUGUAGAUGAACAAAAGCUAACAUUAUAUUUAGAUUAUUAUAGAUAUAAAAGAUAUAAUGCAAUAGAAAAAACGAGAAUAGUAUAUUAUUAUACAGAUGACAGAAAUAAAUAUUAUAGUCAAGAUUUUACCUACCCUGAAAACAUUAGAUUAUAUUAUAAAAAAUAUUCUGACACAAACCAGAAGAAACCUGAAAUAGUUGCACUAUAUUUUAAGUUCAAAAGAGACAAUCCUAUAAUAUCUCAUAUGUUUGAUUUAAUGAACCCAGUAGGUUCUAUUUAUACAUCUAUGGAUGCAAGAGGUCCUCAAGUAAUGUUUGGUGUUGGUGCAUGGGAACAAAUAGUUGACAGGUUUUUGUAUUGUGCAAACUCUUCAAAGGAAACAGGUGGAAGUAAAACGAUUUCAGGUGAAAAUUUACCUGCACACAGUCACUACAUAGAUUUAAGUACAUCUCAAGCAGGUUGGCAUAAGCAUAGAUAUUGGGAUUGGUCAGGAAUGACAAAAGGUAAAGGAUAUGAUGUUAAAGACGACGUUAAGUUUGCUAUAAAUUGUUACUGGA